CGUUAAAGCAUUAUUGUAUUGAUAGCCUGUUUCCCCCAGGGCUGCCCUUCUGCAAGAGCUCAUGGAUAACACAUUGAAAUCAGUUGCUCCAUACCUGUAUAGAGCAUGACGUUGAGCUAGCAAGUGUGCAGCAGACUGGCCAGAUAUAUAGCACCAGACAUGGAAAACCCAGAGCUAAUAAAGACAUGCAACUCUUUGGAUGAACAUGAUGGUCCCUACUGCUGCAAGCAGUGCCCUAUGACUGAUGAGCUACUUAUGGAAGACCAGCUACGAAGGAAACUUAAAUUCUUUUUCAUGAACCCAUGUGAGAAGUUCCGUGCCCGUGGACGAAAGCCUUGGAAGCUUUGUAUUCAAAUUUUAAAAAUUGCAAUGGUGACAAUCCAAUUAGUUUUAUUUGGACUCAGUAAUGAAAUGGUAGUCACCUUUAAAGAGGAGAACACUGUAGCUUUUAAGCAUCUGUUUUUGAAAGGAUAUAAGGAUGGACAUGAUGACACAUAUGCUAUCUACAGUCAAGAAGAUGUUCAUGCUCAUAUAAACUUUACAAUUAAAAGGUACCUAGAGCUACAAAACAUAUCUGUUGGAAAUCAUGCAUAUGAAAGUAAUGGUAAAGGUCAAACUGGAAUGUCAUUAUGUCAACAUUACUAUAAACAAGGGAGUAUCUUUCCUGGAAAUGAAACAUUUGAAAUUGACCCACAAAUAGAUACUGAAUGUUUCCAUAUUGAUCCAUCAACUCUGUGUUCUAAUGACACACCUGCAGAAUACUACUGGUCUAAUAUGACACUAGACUUCUAUAGACUUGUUUCAGUUGAAAUUAUGUUUAAGCUUAAAGCAAUUAAUCUUCAAACCAUUCGUCAUCAUGAACUUCCAGACUGCUAUGACUUCAUGGUUAUAAUAACAUUUGAUAAUAAGGCACACAGUGGAAGGAUAAAAAUCAGCUUAGAUAAUGAUGUUGGAAUCCAGGAAUGCAAAGACUGGCAUGUGUCUGGAUCUAUUCAAAAAAAUACUCAUUACAUGAUGAUUUUUGAUGCUGCUGUUAUUUUGGUCUGCUUAUCUUCCAUAACACUCUGCAUUCGCUCCGUGGUUAAAGGAAUUCACCUACAAAAAGAAUAUGUAAACUUUUUCCAGCAUCGUUUUGCAAGGACUGUGUCCUCAGCUGAUCGCAUGGAAUUUGUCAAUGGCUGGUACAUUAUGAUAAUCAUCAGUGAUGUUUUGUCAAUUAUUGGCUCAAUCUUGAAGAUGGAGAUCCAAGCAAAGAGCCUCACCAGUUAUGAUGUCUGCAGUAUUCUCUUGGGAACAUCCACCUUAUUAGUGUGGCUUGGAGUUAUUCGCUACUUGGGAUUUUUUAAGAAAUACAAUCUUCUGAUCCUGACACUUAGGGCAGCCUUACCUAAUGUGAUACGAUUCUGCUGUUGUGCUGCUAUGAUCUACCUGGGCUACUGCUUCUGUGGCUGGAUUGUUCUGGGGCCUUACCAUGUAAAGUUCAGGUCCCUGAACAUGGUUUCAGAGUGCCUGUUCUCCCUUAUUAAUGGAGACGAUAUGUUUACAACGUUUUCAAUCAUGCAGGAGAAGAGCUACUUGGUUUGGCUGUUUAGUCGCAUUUAUUUGUAUUCCUUUAUAAGUCUCUUCAUAUACAUGGUUCUGAGUCUCUUCAUUGCACUUAUUACUGACACAUACGAUACAAUCAAGAAUUACCAGAUCGAUGGCUUUCCAGAAUCAGAACUUCACACAUUUGUAUCCGAGUGCAAAGAUUUGCCAACCUCUGGUCGAUAUAGGGAACAAGACGAGACCUCCUGUUUGUCUAUGCUGUGUUGUAAUCGGUAAAAAAGAAUCCCAGAAGAAGCACUUUAUCCAUGGCCUUUAAAAAUCUGCAAAAAGAAAAAGAUAUUAAAAAAAAUGAUGGCACAUAUUCAUUCAAAUGGUGUCUAGUGCAGCACAGUAGCUUAGAUCUGCAUGCAUACAACCUUAGCCUUCUGUUUGUGUGUGUGCACCCUAUGAAUAUUAGCUACUGCUUCCCUAACAAAGAAUGCUUCAACAUGACUAUGCAGCAGGCACAUUCAGAAAAGAAAUAAUUUCAUCUUUCUACAGACAAAGGAAUGGGGUGAAGAAAACCUUUUAUAUAAAAGAGGGUCAUGAUUAUUUUUUAUACUGCCCUGCUAUCUUAUCUAUAUAAAUGUAGAUACAAAACAUUUGGGCUGUACAUCUGUGCUACAUUAAAAAAUCUCUCUUUCUAAAUUUAAAUUGUUUUCAUCAUAGGAUUCAAGCUGUCUGUGUAGCAGAAAAUGUGACAACAGAGGUUCUUAUACAAAUUACUGUUUUUUUAUUGCUUAAUAAACCGCCACUGCCCCAAGUAGAAAAUGUAAAGGGAUAUUAUUGGCAUUUGCUUUAAUCUUAUGUAAUAUUGCAUGGGCAAAUAUGUGUCUCUUGGCCAGGUCAUCCAGUUCAUUAGCACUUCUUAUUUGCAAAGUUCUGAGAACUUCAUUUAUUGUUUUUUUUACUGUUUUGCUUCCGUUUUCUUAUGUCCUUCAGUUUACUGUUUUAACAAAACAGACUGCUUUGUUGUCAUAUGAGAGGGUUUCUCAGAUAUUUACUGGGAUAUUUUAGGUAAGACUAAAGCUGGACAAACAUAUUAAAAUCUGCAUGUUUGGCAAGGUCACCAAUCAAGCGGCACCUUUUUUUUUUUUUUUUUUAAAUCUGUGUAGAGCUUAAGUUACAUGUCUCUGGAAAAAUGCAGAUGGAUCCAUGUGUAUCAGGAAGUAUACAACCAUAAAUGUGACUAUAACUUUUUGAGAAUUACAAUGUUCUCUUUCACUAAUCCAUGCAUAUUGCUUUCAUGCUAAAAACAACGUGAAUGAGAACUUAAAUGUCCCUUAAAGCAGUACAACUCAGGCUAAAUCUGAGGCUGGAUAUUGGAUCAUUGGCAUUUUCAUGCCGAAGGAGCACCUGUAGGCAGCUAUAGUUGCUAAACAAUAUCAUGAUAAUGGCAUGCCCACAAAAAACACACAUACCAGGCCACAUAAGGUUCAUUUUUAAGCACACAUGUAAAUAUGUAUAGAACAACAUCCCUAAAAAACUAAUAUAUUAAGGUUUAGUCCUAUUUUUUUCUGUUCAUAAAUGUGUGUUAUCAUUUUGUUCAUGUUAAAUAUUAAAUUUAAUUCUUGCCAUGUCAGCCAGAUAUUUUAAUUUGCAGUUAGUCUUUUCUGCCUAAUAUUUGUGUGUGUUUCAUUUAAUUAUUUAAGGUUUAGAACUGCAUAUCAGAAAAUGUAAACUGCUGUCUGGUUACUAGAGUUUAGCAAGCUGACAGCAUUUCUGAAUGGAAGAUGAGUAGUAGAGGGUAUGGAAUCAAAUCUAAGCAGCAGAUAAUAAGAACAACAUUAACAUUUGAGCCACACAGUUCAUUUAUAUUUUGUCAUGCUAGGGUCAGUGACCCUGGCAACCUGCUAGUAUUUUCUGCUGCAGAUUAGAAAGUUACUUAGAAUAUAAUAUAAUAUAAUAUUAUAAUACUAAAAGUUAAAUGAAAUCUACGCUUUGAUUUAAAUUUUUCUUUUUUUUUCUUUUUUGGCACUUUAACAUGUACAUUCCAUUUUAACAUGUAAAGAGGAAAAGUAUUGAGGCAAAUACUAUCAUCUGCGAUACCGUACUGUGUGUGUUACUGUAUGUGUUAUUAACUGUUAAUCUGUUAAACAGAAAAAGAACCUAAUGAUUCUUACAAAAGCUUUACUCAGUUCCCUAACACCUAGAAACCCACCUAAAAUUUCAAUAUUAAGUAUGUGAAUAAUACCCCCAUGCAGUGUUAUAGCAAUGGUACAUGUGGCAGUUUCAGAUGCUUUAAAUGUAGCAAAAAAAAAACACAGCAAUAAAGUGCCGUAAAUAGCCCCCACGGAGUUAUAUACUGCAACUGCCAGCACUUGUCAGGCAAGACAAGUGUAGUCUGUGUCAGGUUCUUUAAUACUGUUUUUAGGCAGCCUAAAGAACCAAAAACAACUCUGUGUGCCCUUAACAACUUUAGAAAUUAACUAGUCUGUUCUGUGUCACUUAUUACAGGGCUUGUGCUGAUCGUAUGUUUUUCCUACUCUUUUAAUCUAGAAAUAUCUAUGGUUUUUGUCAGGCCCGGAUUUGUGGGCUCCAAAGAUGGGGGGGGGUGGGGGGUGGCAUGCCACAUCUGCACUGGGGACUGGACAGGAGAUUUUGACAGCUAUGCAAAUGCAUUGAUUAGUUCCCUUAUAUAUAUAUAUAUAUGCCAGUUAUUAAUAUUAGUUAGGUAAAAUAAGCCCUGAUAAAUCACAUUUAAUACUUACUUGAUAUUUUACAUUUUUUUUAACUGUAGCUUCAGAAUUUUCAGUAAAUAUAGAUCAAGCUGUCUAGUAUUUUCUGCACGAGUGGUGGUUGCAGUUAAGAUUAAAUGGCUCUACCAUUGCUAAAUUGUUAAUGUGUAAAAUUUAUAGAACCGAUUACAUUACAUUACAAAUAAAUAGUUAGGACAUUUUGAAACCUUGAUUUCCCUGUAAUAGUAAGUUUCUAAAAAAUAACUAUAAAUAAAUCCAUUACUGUUUUCAGCCUGGUGACACCUGUGAUAACUGGAAUUUUAAUAAUUUCACAAUUGUUACUAAGUAAAAUAUUAUAAAUGGAAUCUGCAGAGAUUUGCAAUGUAUAUUUUAUGAGUAGUUUUCUGUAUAUGUGAUAAAGAGUUUGUAAAUAAACGAUAAAAAAUAAAGAAAAGGUUUCUACCUUUGUUAAAUAA